GUCGGAGAGGAGCAGAUCGGACCUGUGCGAGUCUGUGUGACAUUUUUAGACUCUUUAAAGUAAAUUAAUAAAGCAGUUAGGAUGGCCACCGACACCGUAGAUGACCAGGAGAUGAGGGAGGCCCAGAGGGACUACCUGGACUUUCUGGACGACGAUCAAGAUCAGGGGGUGUACCAAAGCAAAGUCCGAGACAUGAUCAGUGAAAACAAAGCUCGACUCAUCGUCAACAUCAACGACCUGAGGAGACGCAACGAGGCCCGGGCUGCAAAAUUGAUGAAUAAUGCAUUUAUGGAGCUCCUGGCCUUCCAGCGGGCUUUAAAGGACCUCGUUGCCUCGGUUGACGCCACCUAUGCCAAGCAGUAUGAGGAGUUCUUCAUCGGCCUGGAGGGCAGCUUUGGAUCCAAGCACGUCACCCCCAGAACCCUGACCUCCCGCCUGCUGGGCAGCAUGGUGUGUGUGGAGGGAAUCAUCACAAAGUGCUCUCUGGUACGUCCCAAAGUAGUGCGCAGCGUCCACUACUGCCCAGCCACCAAGAAGACGAUGGAAAGGAAGUACACUGACAUGACCUCGCUGGAUGCCUUCCCCUCUAGUGCCAUCUAUCCCACCAAGGAUGAGGAGAAUAACCCUCUUGAGACGGAGUUUGGCCUCUCCAUCUACAAGGACCACCAGACCAUCACAGUUCAGGAGAUGCCAGAGAAAGCCCCCGCUGGUCAGCUGCCCCGUUCAGUGGAUAUCAUCCUGGACAACGAUCUGGUGGAUGUGGUCAAACCUGGAGACAGAGUCCAGGUCAUCGGGACUUACCGCUGCCUGCCUGGAAAGAAGGGAGGAUUCACCUCUGGCACGUUCAGGACCAUCAUGAUAGCCUGCCACGUCAAACAAAUGAGCAAGGAGGUAUCUCCCCAGUUCUCCGCUGAUGAUGUCGCUAAGAUCAGGAACUUCAGCAGGACUCGCUCCAAGGAUGUCUUCGAUCAGCUGGCUCGCUCCCUCGCUCCCAGCAUCCACGGUCAUGAGUACAUUAAAAAAGCCAUUCUUUGCAUGCUGCUGGGUGGAGUGGAGAAAGUGCUGGAGAACGGCUCACGCAUCAGAGGAGACAUCAACGUCCUUCUUAUUGGUGAUCCAUCAGUGGCAAAGUCCCAGCUGCUACGUUACGUACUCCACACAGCUCCCAGGGCCAUCCCCACUACAGGAAGGGGUUCUUCUGGAGUGGGUCUGACCGCUGCAGUGACCACUGACCAGGAGACCGGUGAGCGUCGUUUAGAAGCGGGUGCCAUGGUGCUGGCUGACCGUGGCGUUGUCUGCAUUGAUGAAUUCGACAAAAUGUCCGACAUGGAUCGCACAGCAAUCCACGAGGUGAUGGAGCAGGGCAGGGUCACCAUCGCAAAGGCCGGCAUUCACGCCCGCCUCAACGCUCGCUGCUCUGUGCUGGCUGCUGCUAACCCCGUCUACGGCCGGUACGACCAGUAUAAAACCCCCAUGGAAAACAUCGGCCUCCAGGACUCCCUGCUGUCACGUUUUGACCUCCUGUUCAUCGUCCUGGACCAGAUGGACCCCGAGCAGGACCGGGAAAUCUCUGAUCAUGUGCUGAGGAUGCACAGGUACCGUGACCCCCGGGAGCAGGAAGGAGCAGCCAUGGCUCUGGGUGGGACAGUGGACGUUCUGACUACAGAAGACCCCGAUGCAGUGGCAGAAGAGCAGGAGGAGCUGCAGAUCUAUGAGAAACACAAUAACCUGCUGCAUGGAAGCAAGAGAAAGAAGGAGAAGAUUGUGAGCAAGGAGUUCAUGAGAAAGUACAUCCACAUCGCCAAGGCUGUGACCCCUGUGCUGACGGAGGAGGCGGCCAAUCACAUCGCAGAAGAAUACUCGAGACUGAGAAGCCAGGAGCAGAUGGGAUCUGAUAUUGCCAGGACCUCUCCAGUAACGGCCCGUACCCUGGAGACUCUGAUUCGUCUGUCGACCGCGCACGCCAAGGCACGAAUGAGCAAAGCCGUGGAGCUGGAGGACUCUGAGGUUGCUGUGGAGCUCGUUCAGUUUGCCUACUUCAAAAAGGUUUUGGAGAAAGAGAAGAAACGUUCAAGGAAGGAGCAAGACUCUGGAUCAGAGGAGGAGGAAGAGGAGUCCACCCAGCCCUCACAGAAAACUACAAGGAAGAGGGGGCGACGUGGUUCUCAGGGCAGUGAGCCCUACAGCCCAUAUGACUUCAGUGAAAACCAGGAGGUUCCUGAGAUUCAGGCAGGCACCCCCAAACCAGCCAAGAUACCGAGGGAGGAAGAGGAGGCCAUGGAUGCCACAUCACAGGCUGAAGACGCUGAGCUGUCUGCAGAGAGGCUGAAGGAGUUCAAGUCGUCCCUGUUCUCAGUGUUCCAGUCGGCCCACGCUCAGUCGGUGAAGAUGAAGACUCUGAUGGACGACAUCAACAAAGAGGUUCAGAAUCGCUUCUCAGAGCAGGAGGUUCGAUCGGCUUUGGCACGCAUGCAGGACGACAACCAGGUGAUGGUGGCUGAUGACAUCAUCUUCCUCAUCUGAGGGACGGAGCGGCGGCUGUUUGAGGGAUCGAUUUCACAGACUCUGACAAACCAGUGGUUUAUAUUCAAAUGUACAUACCGGACACCUUUUUUAUGAAUUGGUCCUUUUUUCAUCUAUUUCUCUAAAUAUAGCUCAGAUUUUACAAACAGUUUAUUGUGCUGCACCAGUGCAGGGUGUUCUUUGAACCAGUGAGACCAGCCCAAAAAGAGCUCUUUGACAUUUAUGUGUUUGUUGAACAGCAGUGAUGCUACAUGAUGCCUUUAUAAAUUUGUAUCUGUAAACAUCCUUCAGUUUAAUUCAUGAUCUGUCCAUUCGGGUCAGGUUUCUGUUGAGCAAUGAGGCCUUACUGAGUGUUUGUACUUCAUACUAAGACAUCACUGAGCGUGUGCGAUGUCUCGAUUUGUAUAUAGUUUAAAAGUAUUGUCAUGGUUGAACUGUAGUUAAGAAAAUAAAUAAAACUAAUACAUGUGAAA